AUGCCCGCGACGCUCGCCCUCCCCGCGCUCGCGUCGCGCGCGACCGCGCGCGGGGCGCCGCGGCGCCGCGCCGCGACGACGCGCGCGUCGCGCCGCGGCGCGUCCGAACGCGUCGUCGCCGCCGCCGCCGCCGGCGCGUCCGACGACGAUUCGAGCGAGCGAACGAACGCGAAAGCGAACGCGAAAGCGAAAGCGGGAGCGCCCCCUAAAGCCGUCAACGUGUGGGAGCGGCGGAACGUCCGCAUGUGGGACGUCGAUCUUGAGGCGGAGUUCGAGAGGCAGGACAAGGCGAAGCGCGACGCGGCGAAGCGCGAGGAGAUCAAGGCGGCGACCGGCCUCGGGUUCGCGUCGCGGAACAUGUUGGACGAUCCGACCGUCGAUCUCUCCGCGCGAUUGCGACCGAAGAAGAAUAAGAAGAGCGACGGCGACGGCGACGGCGACGGCGACGGCGGCGCGAAGAAGCCCGCGUACGUGCGCGUCGUCGGCGGCGUCGGCCCGGACGCGCCGCCGAAGCUCCUCAAGGGCGACGUCGACGACCCGGGAAGCGCGUCGUCGCUGUCCGCCAUCGAUCUCGCGACGACGAAAAAGGAGAAGUCCAAGUACGACCUCGACGGGUGGAACUACGCGCCGACGAAGGCGCGUUCUAGUUCUGCGGAGCAAAAACGGUGGCAGCGCGAGUGGGAGAAGGGCGAGGCGAUCCAGGCGAAGAAGAACCCGGUGUACGCGAAGAGCAAGUUCAGCACUGCGCAGAUGCGGAAGCUGCGGCCGAAGGACCUGAAGCCCGUGGUGCCGGGACGGGAGCUGACCGAGGCAGAGAAAGCGGAGCGGCGAAGAGCCGCGGAUGACUCGUACGAGCGGGUGAAGCAGGCGCGUUCGCAUUCGCACUGGUCCCCAUACGACCCCGUCCGCGUGGUGAACGCCAAUCUUCUGCUCACGACGGCGGGACUGUGCGGCAGCGGGACCGUCGCGGCGUUCUUCGUCGGCGGCGUGCCGCUCGGGAGCUCGUUCGCGUUCGGGUCCGCGGGCGCGCUGUUCUACGUCAAGCUUCUCGCGUCCAAGGCGGAGGCGGGCGGCGGCGGGCAGGGCGGCCCGCCGUCGAUCCUCGUCCCGGUGAUUUUAUUCAUGGCUCUGAACCGGUGGAACACUUUUUUCGCGGAGGACGUCGGGCUCGCGCUCUCGCCGAUACCGAUGCUCUUGGGUUUCUUCACGUACAAGCCCGCGAGCGUGUUCCAGGCGUUCAGGGACGUCAUGGAGGAGGAGCAGAAGGACGGCGAGGGAGAAGACGAGUGGGUCGUGGACGAGUCGCGGUGAUCGAACAUCGAACUGAUUUUUAAGGUUUUGGUUUUUGCGACUGCCUUCGCCCGCGCCGUCGUCGUCGACUCCUCCCCACUCUCGCAUGCAUUUCCUCUCCCUCCGUCCGCGCCGCGCCGCUAGUUCCCUCCUCCUAACAGCCCGUUGCUGUACAUGAACCCCGCGGUGAGCAUCACCAGCACGGCCGCCGCCUGCGCGGCGAAUCUCAUCGACGCGCUCAGCGUCUCGCGCCCUCCCGGGACGUUGACGUCGGCGUCGUCCGCCUCGCUCAGACCUGACUCGAGGAAGCCUCUGUAGUACCGCUCGUCGAGGUUCUCGCGGUCGAUGCGUUCUUUCGCGCUCGCGGCGCUAAGGGCGUCCGGGGCCUUCUCCCGCGUCUCCGCGGCGUCGUCUUCAGACGCGUCGGCGGCGGCGACGACGACGACGCGGGAGGACGCGCGUUUACGUCGCGAUCGCGCGACGACGACGACGAGGUUCGACGCGCGCGGACGGCGCGGGGCGACGACCGCGGCGUUGACCUCGCGGGCGACGCCGCGAGCGGCGACGACGGCCGCGCGCGGCGUCGGCGUCGGCGUCGACGUCGACGCGCGCGGCGGCGAGAUGCGGCACGUCAUCGUGUCGUGCCGCGCGG